UUAUACAAGUCUUGCGGGAGCUCCUCGCUUCUGUUCCCAGACAGGGACAGAAAAGGGGGUGCUUUAGUGGAUUGCUUUAUUUUUUAAGGGCGAUUGCUUAGGAUGGGGGGGCUGUAUGAAGUUUCUUAGGGGUGGGGAGCCGAUCGCUUUCCCUUCUGGCUGUGCUUCCCUUUCCUCUUGCAGAUGACUUUACAAGGGAGGGAACCCCUUCGCACCAUCGCCAUUGGGGGCUGGGGUGGUUUAAAAGGGCGGAAAUCUGCCCUCAGGUUAAAGCUAUUCUCGCAGGAGCUUUUGAGAGAGAGAGAGAGAGAGAGAGAGCGGCUCCCUGGCUUGUGCGUGCUUACAAGCAAAGGACGCGAGGUACCCGUUUCAGAAAAACGUGUCCCUGACGACUUGGGAAUGCAGCAGCCUCUCUUGCUCCAAAGAUCCUGUCAAGUGAUUUCCGAUGUGUUCUAAGCUUCCUGAAGUGAUCACUCUUCAGUGUCCUGAUGGAGACAAGAGCUCAGAAUGGCAGCGGAUCGCAGCCCUUGCUACAAAGUCAUCAUGACAGUGGGCGACAAUAUGGCGGCGAGUCUGACCUGAGGGAUGUUCUGGCUCAGCAGGUUCAUGUCCUGUCGUUAGACCAGAUCAAGGCUAUCCGGAACACAAAUGAAUACACGGAACCGCCUACCGUGGCUCCACGGCCUGGGGUAAAACCUGUGCCCCGUCCACAACUGCAACACAAAACGGAAAGGCCACCCGCAUUGACUGAACAACAGCGUCAUCUUACAAGGGCCCAGCAUCCCCCAGUCCACGUCUCUUCCCGGGUACCCCUCUCCCGUUCUGUUAGCACAGUCAGCGCUGGCUCACGGGGCAGCACAAGGACAAGCACAAGUAGCAACUCCUCAGAACAGAGACUCUUGGGGCCAAGUUUGGGGACCGUUGUGGAUGGAAUAAUUCGGGUGCAACCCAAGCCAGAGCUCAAGCCGAAUGAGCUCAAGCCUCCGAGCAAAGAAGAUUUGCGUAUGCAUGCCUACCGGUGUGAAGACUGUGGGAAAUGUAAGUGUAAGGAGUGCACUUAUCCGCGAACCCUUCCUUCCUGUUGGAUCUGUGACAAGCAGUGCCUUUGCUCAGCCCAGAAUGUGGUUGAUUACGGGACUUGCGUCUGUUGCGUCAAGGGGCUGUUCUACCACUGCUCCAAUGACGAUGAGGACAACUGUGCUGACAACCCCUGCUCGUGCAGCCAGUCCCACUGCUGCACCCGGUGGUCCACGAUGGGGCUGGUGUCCCUCGUUCUGCCUUGCCUGUGGUGUUACCUGCCUGCCAAGGGCUGCCUUAAGUUGUGCCAAGGCUGUUACGACCAGGUCAACAGGCCGGGCUGUCGCUGUAAACACUCCAAUACGGUUUGCUGCAAAGUUCCCAGUGUCCCACCCAGGAACUUGGAGAAGCCAACAUAGCAUUGCUGAUCCGAAAUCUGCCAGAAUAAUAAGGAUUCAUCUUUAAAAUCAUAUGCAGCCAACUGAAUGAGCUAUAAUUGUGGCACUGUUUGUUAGAAGGAUGGAAGAUGGGGAGGGUAUAUUGAGGUUUGCAGUGACCUGCAUUUUGUGUGUGUGUGUGUGUUUUGCAUGAGCUGAGUUCAUGGAUAUGUUUGUUAGAAUCCAUCCGAAGGAGAUCAGAAUGGGAAUAUAUUCUGCAGGACCCAAAUAUUUCAUAAGCUAACGCAACUCAGAAACUCCUAGGCAAUCUGUGAUGUUGUGUGUGUGUGUCUGUGUGUGCGUGGACACGUGUGUUUGGGUUUUUUUAAUGAAUAGUAAAUUUGUAAAUUAGAAAACUACUUCAUUUCCCUCCCAGUUAUUUUCUGCCAGAGAUGUGGUAUAUAUUUUUGUAUAUAGGAUAUUUUCAACUGUGAAAACACAAGUGCCAUAGAAUAUAUGGCACGGGUCACAAAAUAUUAUACUAAUAUGUUGUACAUUCAAAAGAAUGUGAAUCAAUCAGUAUGUUUAGAUUGUAUUUUGCCUUACAGAAGACCUUCAGUUGCAAAACUCCCUCUCCCCCGCCCCAGACUUCAUGUAUAUUGUACAGUUACAGUAAAUUUCAGCCUUUAUUUUCUAAUUUUUUUCAACAUAUUGUUUAGUGUAAAGAAUAUUUAUUUGAAGUUUUAUUAUUUUAUAAAAAAAGAAAUAUUUAUUUUAAGAGGCAUCUACAAAAUUCACCCCUUUUUAUGAGGAUGCCACAAGUUGCUGCAAUUAAGGGGUGGAAGAUGCAUAUGUUCCCUAUAAAAUAGAAAAUAUAUUAACGUUUGAAAUUAAA